AUGUGGCCGCGCCCGGAGCGGAAGUGUGCUCGCAAGCGGCGGAUGUUAACAGCUCGGCGGAGGGCGGUGCGGCCCCGGGGGGCGGAGGGCGGGCGAGGCCGUGCCCAGCCCAGCCCUGCCCUGCCGUGUCCGGCCCUGCCGCUCUUUCGCGCCCCGCACGGCCCCGCCAGCGUCAGUAUAGCUCCUCCCGCGCCCGGGGCGCUGCCUCUCCUCCUCCUGCACCUCGCCGCCUUCUCCAGGCUCAACACCGCCAAGGUGCCGCUCCCUUUCACCCGCGGCACCCGCGUCAACUUCACGCUAGAGGCCAGCGAGGGUUGCUGCUGUUGGUCGUCCACGCGGCCGGAGGCGGCGAGCAUCGAACCGCUGGGGCCGGCCGGCUGCCUCUGCUCGCAGAGAGCGCUGGUCCAGGCGCGCUCCUCGCAGCCCACGCGCCUCACCACCAUCAUCUCCGCCGAGGACACGCUGACUGGACAAGUGCUUCGCUGUGAUGCCAUCGUUGAUUUAAUUCAUGGCAUUCAAGUUGUGUCCACAAUGAGAGAGCUCUACCUUGAGGAUUCACCGCUGGAGCUCAAAAUUCAUGCUUUGGAUUCAGAAGGAAACACUUUCAGCACUUUGGCAGGGUUGGUGUUUGAUUGGACAUUGGUGAAGGACCCAGAGCCUGAUGGCUUCUCAGAUUCCCACAACACUCUACGUAUUCUCAAGUUCUUAGAAUCCACUUACAUCCCACCUUCCUAUAUAUUGGAAAUGGAAAAAGUUGCCAAGCAAGGAGAUACCAUUCUGGUGUCUGGAAUAAAAACAGAGAGUUCUAAAUUAAAGGCAAGACUUCAGGAAAGCAUCUAUAAGAAUGUACAGCCUUCAGAAGUCAGAUUGCUUAUUCUGGAAAACAUAUUUUUAAAUCCAACAUAUGACAUUUAUCUUCUGGUGGGAACAUCAAUUCAGUACAGAGUUCAGAAACAGAGGCAAUGGAAGAUCACAGAAACAGCAAUGCCAUCAGAGCAGUAGGAGCUGCAGCUCCAGAACAACAUCCUCCAUCCCAAGGGACAUCCCUCCCCACCAGUUGCCAAGCUGGACCAGGCAACAUCCACUGUGACUACAUUGCAGCAGGGCCAAACCAACCUCAUCCUGGUGCACAAGAGUAUCCGCACGCAGGGUGUGUCCUGGCUGCCCAGCAGCACUGUCUGUGUGGUAGCUCCUGCAUAUUUGGGAUUUACAGUUCAUCCAGGUGACAGAUGGGUCCUGGAAACGGGCAGACUUUAUGAAAUUAC